AUGCAGUCAGACGCAGGGCCAUCACGCGCAAUCGCGCCGUCAGCAUCCACAGCGACAAAGCGACCAGACAAGCGCCUUGCUCGGUCUGCAACGCCAGCAGAAGAGCACGACCAAACAUUUUUCGCAUUCAAUAUUAUCAACCAGGCUGAAUCGUCGAUCCAACAGCGCACAUCGAGCCAAUCCUCUCCCACCACUUCCAAGCAUCCCGCCCUUGCACGUUCUAGUAGACCGUUGCGCUCAAUAAUGACGCUUCUGCUACUAACUCUUGUCGCUGCCCUUCUCCUCUCACCUACCGCCUUAGCAUCCCAAGGUGACCGCUCCCCCGAGUACCGCCUCUGCGUCGACUCUUGCACUGCCGAUCUAUGUCGAGAUGGCGUCGACGACGGCACCAUGCUUGCCCAUCGCUUGCCCUUCAUCCUCCGCAUCACCAGAUGGACGUGCGAAGAUGACUGCAAGUACCACUGCACCCAUCGCAUCACCAAUGACGCUGCAGAACGUGUGCACAAGAUUCAACACGAUGCUCGCAUCGAGGUCGAGCUGCUGGCUCAAUCACAGCCACUUUCUGCCUCGGUCAAAGCAGAGCGCAUCAAAGGCAUUAUCAAAUCCAAGCUGGCCGAAUUGCGCCCGGUGCAGAAGCAAAUGGUGCAGUUCCACGGAAAGUGGGUUUUCAUUCGUUUCUUAGGUGCCCAAGAGCCGCUUUCGGUGCUCUUCAGCUUGCUCAAUUUCAAAAUCCACUGGAACGCGCUCUUUAUGAUGCGCAACCAGCUACCAGAUGCGUCCCCGCUCAAGCUGGUCUACAUUGUGCAUACGCUCAUUAGCAUGAAUGCGUGGUUAUGGUCCGCCAUUUUUCAUACCAGGGAUAAGAAUUGGACCGAAAAGCUCGACUAUUUUAGCGCCGGCUCGGUGGUCAUGUCGGCCUUGUUUUUCAGCGCUGCUCGGCUGUUCAGGCUCGCGCCUGGUAGCAAAAGAUUCGUGCUCCUCCGAAGAGUGUGUAUGGCUGCAUUGGCGCUUCAUGUGCUCUACCUCAGCAUUGGGCGCUUCGACUAUGCCUACAACAUGGCGGCCAACGUGGUGAUUGGACUGAUCCACACGCUGCUCUGGCUCAUGUAUUCGCUUCGACCGACGACGUUUCCAUCGAACCCGCUGGUCGAUCGUACAGCCUACUCACGUGCUGCUAUGCGCGCUACCAAGCCCAACCUCUCGGUUCUCUCGACGCCCACACCGCUCAGUAACGGUGCGCAAACCCCGCCCGUGCCCGUCUCGACCAACAUCGGUCCUCCCAACUCACACACACGCCGGCGUCGUCGUCUGCAACUCAUCCUCGCGCUCAUGUCAGCCUCGGUACUAUUCGAGCUGCUCGAUUUUGCGCCCAUCUUGCGCAUCCUUGACGCUCACGCUCUCUGGCAUCUCGCCACUGUGCCCAUCACCAAGAUGUGGUACGACUGGCUGGUCAACGAUGCGCAAGAAUGCGUCAACACCGGUUGGUGGCUCUCGGACCGUUCGGCGGGUGUGCAGGGAGGCGAGCUCGCAUCGACGUUGGAGCACUUGAGCGAGAAGUUGAAGGGAAGAGCGGCAAGCUUGGCUCAGAACAUCGAAUUGCAUGCUCUCACAACCAAGCUCAAUGAGUUGGCGAACAAGGCUGGCUUCAGUGGUAGGGUUGGCGGGCUGAAUGGUAAAGUGGGAUUCAGCGGCGUCAAUAGCACUAGUGGACUGGGCUUGGAGAUGGAAGAACAGCAUCAGCACGCUACGAGCAGCGUUGCAAAGGGUGGCUUGUCCGCCACAAGUACGGGCAUCGGGCUGGGAUCGUCGUCGCUCACGGAUCGCGAUGCAGGGCACGGCGCUAGCAGCGGCAGCACAGGCAAGGCCAAGAACUGGUAG